CGAAAAACGCACUGUGUGGCUCUUCUUUGUGAGCGCCGGGGCAUAUAAAGUGCGUGAAUUGUUUUCUUGUAGCCCCGGCGUUUUUCUCCUUUUUGUUUUACUUGUCUGGAGCAAAAAAAGUGCAGAUCGCUUCGCAUCUUUGCACCAGAAGCAACUCGGGACCUUUUGUAUCCAUUACAUUUCUGGGAACAGGAGACAAUUGGCUCUUCGGCCGCCGGAGGGAUUUUUCGGUGCGCUGAAUUACGCAUUGGAAAUUUGGGGAGAGCCGGACGUUCUUCAGAAGCCACUUGUGUGUCACUGGAUUAUUUCUGGGAAUACACCCCUGGCUGGAAAAACAUGGACAUCGACUAUUUUUUCAAUUGUUUCGAUAUUGAAGAGGAUUUUUACAAGUCAACCGCACCAAGCGAGGACAUAUGGAAAAAGUUCGAGCUGCUGCCUACCCCUCCCAUGUCUCCCACCCGGACUCUAAACGGCGUUUCGCUCCUCCACUCGCCGGGAGACAAGCUAAGCGGGUUUUCCAAAAUGCUGGGUCAGGAGGACGACUACGAGGGUCAGUUCAUCCCCGACACUAAGGAUUUAUUUGGUAACCUUAGCUCCCACAUCAUUCAGGACUGCAUGUGGAGUAGCUUCUCUGCCAGUAAGCAGCUGGAGAAGGUCAACGUGAGAACGCCAGCUGCGGGGCAGACCGUUGUUCCCCCCGUUCCCCAGAUCUCCGCAAGAUCGAACAAAGCGCAGUGCGUCUCACCCGGUGGCCCGAUCUCCAUCAAAGCGACAGAUUUCGUCGACCCCGCUGCUGUCCUCACCUUCCCUACAAGUAGCUGCAGGAAACCGGCGUCGUCUGGCUCUGAGUCCCGCUCUGAUUCCUCUGAUGAUGAAGAGGAAAUUGAUGUAGUCACUGUGGAGAACAAACAGAACAAGCAGAACCGGGCGCGACUGGUGAACGUCCGAAAACCAGUCACCAUCACGGUCCGUGAAGACUCCUGCCCCAAACGUUUUCACAUGUCUGUCCACCGACAGCAGCACAACUAUGCCGCACGCUCCCCAGACAGUGAGCCAGAACCGGAGGAGGAGGAUGAAGAGGAGGAGGAUGAAUAUGAAGAAGAGCCUCCAAGCAAGCGUACCUUUAUAGCAUCCAGUCAUCAGCCAGGUGCUCAUGUCUCCCAGCCAUCAUCCCCCUCAGAAACUUCACAUAACUCAGACACAGAUGACACGGAUCGCAGGCGGAACCACAACUUUCUUGAGAGGAAGAGGAGGAAUGACCUCAGAUCUCGUUUCCUCGCCCUACGGGAUCAGAUUCCCGGCCUGGAGGCGGCCAAGACCCCGAAGGUGGCUAUCCUGACCCAGGCAACAGAGUACCUCAUGGAGUUGCACAGCAGGGAGAAACGGCAGCAGCAGGAGAAGAAACGCCUCAGAUCCAGACAGCAGCAGCUUCUUCGCAGGUUAUCUGAACUAAAGCGCUUUUGAGCCUCCAAACAAGCGAGGUUUCAAAAAUAAACUGCCUCAUUAAUCCUCAAGAACUCAGUUACCUGCCACUUUUGAAAAGCUAUGCUUUUUUCUACAUGCCUCAUGUGAAUGGCUGUGAAAUUUGUUUUGAAUGCAUUCAUAUGGCUUUGGGCUUUCUGUGAAUUAACUGUGCUGGCCUGUGAACCUGUUCAGAGGAGGAGCAAAGGGUUCAUGAGCUGAUUUUUUUUUUUUUUUUUUUUUUUUUUUUUUUUAUAUAUAUAUAAUUAUGACCGAGCUGUUUUCUGGUAUGCCAUGAUGUGAACUUGCCUGUUAAUCGUUUACCAGUGUGAGAGCAAAUAUCUGUAGCCAUUUGUGUGUGUUUCUUCAUUUCAUCAUUGCACAAGGAGUGAUGCAUGAAUGCCCUUCUGUGUAGAGUGAUUGAGGUUUUUUUUUUUUUUUGUAUGACUGAUUAUCUAUUGUACAAAUUGUUCCAUAAAACAAAAACUUAUCACUGAGCUCCACUCCUUUGGGUGACAUGCCACCGAAAAGCUUCUAUUUUGUUAGGAUAAUAGGAGGAAAAAUGGGAUGGAAGGGGAAAAGGUUGCACUACUGUACUUUAUAUUCACACGUCACUUUCUGAUUUUAAUGUUUCUGAUUUUGUUUUAUAAGCAUGCUAACAACAAUGGCAUCAUUAAAUUUUUAUACCAUA